AUGUCAAAAAGUGACAUCUUUGAAACAGAAAUAAUAGCAAAGUUAACUGUAUAUUUUAUUCUCUGCAAUUUCAAGAAAUAGCUCAAGAACUUAUUUUCACAAUAACAUUGGCAAUAUGUAAAAUCUGUUACUUGAGCAAACACAGUUCACAACCAUGUUAGCAUGUGUAUGAGAUCCUUCAUCUUAGCUCGAUGGAUCAUUAUCAUUUGAAUUUAUUACACACAAAGUUUUGCAUGCAUUCGUGCUUCUUGCCUUAUUUGCUAGGAUUGUUAUACUCUACCAAUACUGAUAACAUCUCCUUAAGAUCAUCAGGGAUUUAGGGGUGUAGUUCGUAAGACUUGGGAGGUGUGUUCCGGUGAUUAUCCAACCACAAACAGUAGUAACUUGCUUGUUUCACGAAUUACUGUACUGUAAUCCCUGCCCUGAACUGUCUAGCUCCCAGCCUUCAAUCUUGCAACUGUAUCACCAAAAUGCAAUGUUUGCAAAUUCUUAAGUUCAACUACGGCCACUGAGCAGCAGAUUACAUGUGAAUUUGCUUUAUUGUGUUGACCUAAAAUUACUGUUAAAGAGAUGUAUUCUUGCGACUACUCUAACAUGGCUGAAAGCAAUUUGUAUAGAUGCGUAAAUGCACUGCAGUUGUGCAGUGAAGUGAUGUGGUUUAUGCAAGACAAAUGUGCAUCAAUACAUGGUGUUGUUCAUCUAGCCUUGGUUGUGAGUUAGUGACAUUCCUUGGCAAUCAAUCAUUCAAUUUUGGUGCUGUUUAUCAUUGGAUUGAAUCAUUGAACUAUUAGAAUAUUAGUCAACUAGUGCAUCCAUGCAUGCUGGUUCUCUUUACAUUCCGUAUGUAUACUUACUAUAAAGAAUUGAGAGAAUUCAUUUCAAUUCCUACUGAGAGUUAUACCCACGUACCCCUCACGGAGGAUCCACUGUUCAGUUGUUUCCUUACAGAAGAUUACGAUGAGGGGAGAUUACGAUGAGGAGGGAUUCAUUUUGUCGUAAUCCCCCGUUCUAGAUCCCGCCCGUGCCCAUUUUUUUUUGACACCGCACCCUUUUUUUUCUAUUUUUCUACCUGUCAGCAACCAUGUGGUGGUGGGUAUGAAAACUAAUAAUUACUUGUCAGCUAUGAAAACUAAUAAUUACUUGUCAGCAACCGCGUGGUUUUUCAAUCAAUUGUUUCCUUCCAGAUCCCCUCAAAUUUUGAAUUUGCCGUUUCUUUUUUGAUUUUUUUUUGAAUUGUUUCCUCAACGCUGGUUUCCUGUUUUAUCAUCGUUGUACCUAUAUAAAUCUAUACCGAUAUGGCCUCGCGUCCAAGAAGGCACAAUCAACGUAUUGUUUUGGCUGCACGGUUUGUUGGUGUCACACCAGGUUGUCAGGUCUACAUUACCAGGCUGCGAGAUGCAGGUGAGUAUAUAAAACAUGGUUUGUAUAAUCUGCGCAUGCUUCACAUAUUUUCUCUAACCCGUUUCAGGACGUACCAGGAUGUCCCCCUCAAUCACAGAUUUGUUGCAAUGAGCGAUCAAAUUUCGUUAUAGGACAUUACAAACAACAUAUCUCGUCGUGCACCUCGCAGCAGGAAGAGGUGAUUUGACAAUUCCAACAAUAAUGGCAAAAAUAACGUGAGAGCUAUGCAAACUUGCCAUCUGAGGUGAGAGCUGAGAUGAAUGCAAAGUGGAGGCAAGAUUAUGCACAUAAAAAAGUUGAGAAACUGGCAGCAGCUGUAAAUGCUCGUGGAGUUCUUCCACAUCAGGGUUCUCAUCAGGGCAGUCUGCAGCAAUCUGCAGUGAUCCCACCAGAAGCCGGUUUGACAAAACGAACACAGAAUCCAGGUUGUCCGGCUGUUUUCGGAUUGGCAAGCACAACUCCUUCCAAAGCCGCGCAAUCGUUGAUCAAUCAACUAAUUGUUUCCUUCUAGAGCCCCUCAAUCACUGUUGUUUCCGGAUUGGCAAACCUAACUCCUGAUCCCGGUUGUGUGCCAACUCCUGAUCCAAGUUCUGUAUUUUCAAGACUUUUUAUGUAUUCCAUUCUUAUUUGUAAAUUGUUUGUCUAUCUGUAGUCGCAAUGUCUAUUGGAACACCGUUCUCAGGUUAUUUUUUCCUAUGUGUUUUUUUCUUGCAAACACAUGGGUACACUUUGUUUAAUCGCGUAUAAUCUUGAGACAAACUUCCUUAAAUCUUGGAAUUUCAUAAUUGCAGGUUGUCCUACUUGUUUCCAGCUUGGCAAAUGCAACUCCUUUCAGAACUGCUCAAUCGUUGAUCAAUCAAUCAAUUGUUUCCUUGCAGAGCCUCUCAAUCACUGCUGUUUCCGGAUUGGCAAACCCAACUCCUUAUCUAGGUUGUGUAAAUUUCGUUCUUCUUUGUAAAUUGUUUGUCUAUUGGAACACUGUUCUCAGGUUAUUUUUUCCAAUGUCUUUUUUCGUGCAAACACCUGGGUGCGCUUUGUUCUAUUUUAUGUCAGGUAUUUGAGUUGAAGGUAAUGAUGGUGAUGAGGAUGAUCAAGACGAGUGGCUCCAUCAGAAUGAUACAUAUGCAUACAAGAGAAGUGCAAUUGUAGAUCGUGGGUGUGAUGAAUCGACUGUUUUGGAAAUAUGAACAGGCGCUUCAGGCGUCAUGUCGCGUGAGGAUCGUUAGAAGGAGAAGGACAGGCUAAAAAAGAAGAGGAAAUAUGGACGGUCCUAAAGAAAGAAAUUUAAAAUGGACAAAUCAGAGGGACUGUGUGCAAAUAUUGUGGUUAAGUUGUUGUAGUGUCGCAUGUUCGUUAUUCCUAUAGGCCUCAUACAACUGCAUGCAUGAAACAAAUAGGGAGCAAAGCAUCGACCUUGAUCCCCGGCUCAUAUCUUGAUUCUUUGACUGGUGAGAACGUCCAGUCAAUGCCAGCAACGACUGUUCACCCUGUUUUUAAUAAUCCUGAUAAUAUGCAUACAUAAGGUGAUGAGCUAGAUCCAUCUGGGAUAUGGAAACCAGAUGAUUCCUUGCAUGGUGUAGAAGAAAAUGAUUUAGAUCAGAUGGAUCCUAGGUGAUGAGAUGUUAGAAGAUGAUGAGACUAGAGUAUUUUACCAGCGAGAUAUCCAUUACGAGUAUUAUAAAGAUCCGGAAAUGGCUUCCAACCUUGCUAACCCAUUUUAUGGAGUGUACAAGGAGCUUCCUAAAAAGCAUCACGCUUUGAGGAAGGCAAGGGAAGGUCCACAUAUAUAUCCUGAAAGUGCCGCAUGAGCUGCGCCAGUUGUUUACCAGUCAAACCAUCAGGGAUGCAAAAUAUUUCAGGAAACACAUACGACUCUCAUGUCGCUGAAGAAGAUGAUGCGUCUGGAAUUUUGAGAACAAAUGAAGAUGAAAAUAUGUAUGGCGAUGUGGGAGGGCUAGAAACUGGAGGUUCACACCGAUGGGUCAGUGCGAGAGAGUACAAGUGUUACAAGCUUCACAUAGGGGAAGGCCAGUUCAACGUGUUCUUUCAUGCCGGAUGUCUGUUCCAACAAUUAUUAGUUGAUUGGUAUAUUAAAGUCGAGUCAAUGUGCUUAGACUGGUACUCGAAGCCAACACACCAGGUGCUGAUUCGUGCAGAUCUCUACCAGGGACUUCUUGACACACUCGCUACUGGGGAGGCUAAUGCUUCCAAGGUGGGGCUUAGGAUUGUCCUCACUAAACAGUUUUCGAGGAGUGAUCGUGAUGUUCAGUCGUGGUUCAUGGAUGAUAUGACUUUGGUGACACGGUAUGGCAAGCCUGAUUAUUUUGUGACUAUGACAUGUAAUCCGUAUUGGGAUGAAAUUGUGGCAGAGUUGUUGCCUGGACAGACGCUACAGGACCGUCCUGUUGUUGUUGCACGGGUUUACCAUGCUAAGCUCCUAGAUUUCCAUGAUUUCUUGAUUAAAAAGGGUCAUCUUGGUACUGUUGUUGCAUGGGCACACAUGACAGAGUUCCAGAAGAGGGCUCUUCCACACGAGCACUUUCUUUUGGUUAUGGAGUCUGGAAGCAAGUUAAAGAGCCCUGAUGAUUAUGAUAAGUAUAUAUCAGCGGAGAUUUCUGAUCCGAACAAAUACCCGCGGUUGCAUGAGCUUGUUGUUAAGCACAUGAUGCAUGGUCCUUGUGGCACCCUCAAUAAAAAUUGCCCUUGCAUGGUUGACGUUUAGUGUCGUUUCCGGUAUCCUCGGCAGUUUAGUGAAACGACCGAAAAAGGCAAGGACACGUACAUAAUAUAUAGAAGAAGGGAAGAUGGUAGAAAGUCAAGGUUAGAGGAGAGGAAUUGGAUAAUAGGUGGGUGGCACCUUAUAAUCCAGUGCUUCUUAUGAGGUAUAACUGCCAUAUCAAUGUUGAGAUUUGCAGUAGCAUCAAGUCAGUUAAAUAUCUUUACAAAUACAUAUAUAAAGGCCAUGAUCGAACCUCGUUCUCUGUUGAUGAAAAAGGAAAUGAGUGCAGGGUAAUAAAUGAGAUCAGGCAGUACCGUGAUGCAAGAAUGAUUACAGCUAUAGAAGCGGUUUACAGGUUGUUUGGUUUUAAGUUGCAUUCAAUGUGGCCGCCUAUCUUGCAGAUGCAGGUACACCUUCCCGGUUUCGACAUGGUCGCGUACAAGGCAACAGAUAAUCUUCAAGACGGUGUGGACCUUGCUAAGUCCCAAAGGUCAAUGCUAACUAAGUAUUUCAAGUUGAAUGAACGAAGUGCUAAGGCUUGCAAAUGCCUGUACAAAGAGUUUCCAGAUUACUUCAUGUGGAACAAGUCUAGAAAAUACCGGAAACCUAAAGUUGCAAAAAAAAGGCUACAGAUUGGUAUAUUGGUGUACGUAAAUCCCAAUGAAGGUGAUAGAUAUUACCUUCGGGUUCUGCUGAACCAUGUUAGGGGUGCAACCUCAUUUGAUAGCUUGAAAACAUGGCGCGGUAUUACAUAUGACACUUUUAGGGCAGUCGCAGAAGCGAUGGGGUUUGUAGACACUGAUAAGUCAUUAGAUGAUUGUCUGACUGAAUGCGCCAUGGUCAGGUUUCCUUCUUCUCUCCAAAGGCUUUUUGCCACUAUUAUGGUUUUCUGCGAGUGCGCAAACAUACGCCAUCUUUGGGCAAGUAUUAUGAAUCAUUGGUUGAGGAUUUCCGUCGUACUAAUGACAACAAUACUAUUGUAGAGCAGUUAGUACUAUGUGAUAUAUCAUCUCAUCUAAAAUCCAUGGGAAAAGAUAUCAGACACUAUGGUAUUCCAGAGCUGCAUGAGUCAGAUGAACUACGUACUAGAGACCACUAUAGAGAACUCACUGAGGAGCAGAAUCUUGGUUAAGAAGAGGAACACCUAACGAUUAUAGAUACACUAAAUGCAGAGCAGAGGGCAGGUUUCGAGGAGAUAUUUGAUCAUGUUAUGAAGGGCAAGGGUCAGGUUUUUUUUUGUCGAUGGUCCUGGCGGCACCGGUAAGACAUAUCUAUAUAAAGCAUUGCUUGCAAAGGUCCGCUCUAUGGACCUUAUCGCCGUUGCUACUGCAACAUCUGGUAUAGCAGCAUCCAUCAUGCCUAGUGGACACACUUCCCACUCUAGGUUCAAGAUUCCAAUCAAGUUGGACGAUAGCACUAUGUGUAGUUUUACAAAGCAGAGUGGUACAACCAAAUUGCUUAGGAGAGCAUCUCUCAUUAUUUGGGAUGAGGUCGCGAUGACCAAGAGACAGUGCGUUGAGGUGCUAGAUAGGUAAUUGCAAGAUAUAAUGGAUUGCACGCGACCAUUUGGUGGUAAGGUCAUGUUGUUUGGAGGCGAUUUCAGAUAGGUUCUUCCUGUCGUGGCCCGUGGUACAAGAGCACAUAUAACUGAUGCUACUUUGCUCAAGUCAUACAUAUGGGAAAGUGUUCGACGCAUCCGGCUAACCCAAAACAUGAGAGCACAGUUUGACACGUGGUUUGCAGAUUAUCUGUUGAGGAUCGGUGACGGCACUGAGGAAACAUUUGGUGAUGAGUAUGUGCUGUUGCCAGAUGACAUUUAUAUUGAUAGCCCUUCAGAAGAUAUUUGUAUAGAUGCGCUCAUUGACCGUGUGUUCCCGAACCUGGCUGAUAAUUGUAGAUCAGCAUCCUACAUGCGCGAGCGUGCUAUCCUUUCAACUAGGAACGAGCACGUUGAUGCGGUCAAUGCACUGAUGAUUGAUAAGUUUUUAGGUACCAAGCAGGUAUAUUACAGCUUUGAUUCGGCAGAGGAUGACACGCGGAAUAGUUAUCCCCUUGAUUUUUUGAAUUCAAUAACACCAAACGCUCCACACAAGUUGACGAUAAAGAAGAAUUGUUCUGUUAUCCUUCUACGUAAUCUAGAUCCUCACAACGUCCUUUGUAAUGGCACCCAACUGAUCGUUAGAGGAUUCCAGAAAAAUUCUAUUGAUGCUGAGAUUGUCAAUGGACAACAUGCUGGAAAAGGGUAUUCAUACCAAGGAUACCAAUGUCACCUUCAAAAGAUUUAUCUCUUCCCUUCAAGUUCAAGCACAAGCAAUUUCCCGUCCGCUUGAGCUUUGCCAUGACCAUGAACAAAGCGCAGGGCCAGACAAUACCCAAUGUUUGUAUCUACCUCCCCGAGUCUGUCUUUGCACAUGGACAGCUGUACGUUGCACUAUCUAGAGGUGUUUCUCAUGAGACGACGUGAGUUCUUGCUAGAAAGAACAAGGAUAUGGACACCACUGGAAGAGGAACAAAGAAAAUUGUCUAUAGAGAUGUCUUCGAGAUUUAAGGUUUGCAUGCUUCCAUCCACAUGAUGAUCAGCUUAUUAUGCUACAGGCAGUGUCUCUAUCAAUGCAGGGAACGACUACCUUGUGUGUCUUUGUGAUCUGUUAAGCUUCGCCGCAUG